CGGCUAGGGUUUCUACCGCUCCUCUCUCUCUGCAUUUCUCGCUUCGAUGCUCUCUUCUCGUCUCCAUCUUCUUCAUGGAUUCCUGUAGUAACUAGGGUUCUCUAAUCUCGGAGAAUCUCAGACAAGGCUUCGAGCUUUAGAUACAUAUCGGCGUAUCAGAGCUACCGAACGUAGUAAAGGCCCGAUCAAUGACGACCUUAAACCCGUUUGACCUUCUCGGUGACGGUGAUAGCGAGGAUCCCGUGGUGCUCGCCGCCGCUCUUCCUGUUCCUGUAUCUCAACCCUUGAAGCCACUAGCCAAAAAAGCCAAAGAUGAAUCAAAACAAGGAGGUCCACAAGAGAUUGAUGGAGAUUCUUUUGACAAUGAUAAUACUAAUGGAAGCAGCAAUGGGUUCUCAGGUGGUUAUGGGCAAACAGAAAAUGGCAAAGGUAGAAGGCAGCUAGUGAAAGGGGGCUAUGGUGAUAAUGGUGGAAGGGCAUAUGAAAGAAAGGGGGGCUAUGGUGAUAAUGGUGGAGGGACAUAUGAAAGAAAGGGGGGAUAUGGUGAUAAUGGUGGAAGGACAUAUGAAAGAAAGGGGGGAUAUGGUGAUAAUGGUGGAAGGCCAUAUGAAAGAAAAGGGGGCUAUAGUGAUAAUGGUGGAAGGACAUAUGAUAAAAGAGGGGGCUAUGCUGACAAUGGUGGAAGGACAUAUGAUAAAAGAGGGGGCUUUAGAACUUCAGAAGAGGGAGAGGGUGAUAUGUCAUUUGAAAGAGUAGGUGGCUAUGGCGGUGAUGUUGGAAAGCCAUAUGAAGGGCGAGGGGGUUUUAGGUCUUCAGAAGACAGAGGUGGAAGGCCAUUUGAACAAAGGGAUGGCUAUGGUAGAGGUGGUAAGCCAUAUGAAAAGGCUUUCAAUGUGGUUGAGAGCUAUGGCGGUGAUGGUGGAAGACCACAUGAAAAGAAAGGAAAUUACAGAUCUUCUGAAGAGGGAGAUGGAAAUCAAUAUGAAAAUAGAGGAGGUUAUAGACCUUCAGAAGAGACUUAUGGUGGAGGUGGAAACCAGAAUGAUGGUAGAGGGGGAUAUGGUGGAGGUGGAAAGCCAUAUGAAAGGCAAAGAGGUUAUAGACCUGCUACUGAAGAGGGAGAAAUGGGAAAGCCAUUUGAAAGUAAAGGGGGAAAUAGUGGGUAUCGUGGUGGCUACCAUGGCAGUCGCCGUAAUGGUCCACUCAAUGGUGAAAAUGCUGAAGGGGAGCAACCUCGCAGGGCAUAUGAACGCCAUAGUGGGUCAGGAAAUGGGAGUGAAAUGAAGCGUAAUGGUUCUGGCCGUGGAAAUUGGGGAACUCCUACCGAUGGUGUUGCUAUGGAGCCUGAAGAGUCAAUGAAUGAAGGUACGAAAACUGAUUCAUUUGAGAAGCAAGAUGAGCAACAAGUUGCAGGUGAUGCCAAUAAAGGCUCUCGACCUGAAGAACAAGAAGUGAAAGAGCCUGAGAAGAAGUUAUACACUCUGGAUGAGUAUGAGAGAAUGUUAGAGGAAAAGAGGAAGGCUUUACAGGCAUUAAAGCCUGAGGAGAGAAAGGUUUGCUUAGACAAAGAUUUUGAAUCUAUGCAACUCUUGGCAAACAAGAAGAAUGAGGAAGAGAUUUUCAUCAAGCUGGCUUCUGAAAAAGAGAAAAAGAAAGAGGCCCCGGAAAAGGUCAAGAAGGCCAAACCUAUAAAUGAAAUUCUCAAGUUUGCCGACAGUCGGAGAUACAAUGGGUCUGGAGGUAGAGGCCCGGGCAUUCGUGAGAGGGGCCCGGGUGGUCGUGGAUAUAACGAGACCGCCGAGGCCGCCAAGCCCCCACCCCCACCAAAGAAGAAAAUGGAGACCCCAAGAAUAGAAGAUGUUGCUCAGUUCCCUACUUUGGGAUCCAAGUGAAAGAAAAAGGGAGGGUGCUUUUUUUGCGUUCUUUUUCUCCAUUUUGCCUCUUAUAUGAACUUGUCCGGUUAGUGUGCCAGACGUAAGAAAUGUUUUGUUUGGGG